GUUCGCUGUAAACUUCACGAUUUGAAUGUACAGCUGCUGCUUCUAUCUAGACUACCGAUGUGUAUUUUCAUCACAGCUGAAAGAUUUUUUUUUAUAGAAAACUGUCGAAUAAUUGGGAAGAAUAGAAUUGAACAGUUGAUGUGAAACACCUUAGCGAAACCUGCAUACGAAUAGGCAGUAAAUAUUAUUCAUAAACAAUACGGUUAUUCGAAGUAGUAAUUUGACAGGUGAAAGCGGUACUCGAAUUGUCCGAAUUUAUUUUGAUGAAGAAGUAAACAUAUAGUCUCGUGUGAACACGAGUGAAAUUUGUGAUUAAUCAUGUCUGAAAUCAACGUACACCAAGGUGAUCUUUCUCUGAACGAACGGAACAACAUCACCGGCAAUCCCAGCGUACAUAACCUAACAGGGCCGAGAACGAGGUUUCAACCGGUGCGAAUAAAAGCACUUCUCGAUCUCUUUGAGAGUGACGACGAUGACACUGAGCCUCGUGAUUCUGACAACGAUUCAGACACUGGAAGCCUUCAAGCUCUGCCUAACGACGAUGACAGUGGUAAUGCAGCUGUGGCUAAGGAUGAUAACAAUGCCCCGAUUUCCCGUCACGACGAACAGCAUCUGACCACUGGAUCUCAAGCUGCAAUAUUUACACAAAAAGCUGAUAUCCCCAUGAAUAACGUUAAGGCCAAUGACUACCAAUUAGUAAAGUACAAGAAUCAAUUGUUCGGUGCUGAGUGUGAAGAACCAAAAGAAAGAAAUCACCAAACAUCUCAUAACUCGAACAGUUGUGAAUUAGAAAAUAACAGUUUUCCUAUGUGCCAAAGCAACAUGAAUUAUCCUGUCGCUUCUAAGCGUGUUUCGAUUAACGAGAAUGAAGUGGAUAAUGUGGACAGCAAUAAAGAAAUAACUUUUGAGUCGCAAGUAUCGUAUGACCCUAGGAAACAAAAAGAAUAUGGUCAAGGAACUUCAACUGAAAUUAUGUCUGAAAGACAUCAACACAAUCAAGAUUCAACAUCCAGGAAUGAUGUUGGAGAUCAAGGUACAGACCAUCCUACCUUGAUAUAUCCCAGUGAUAGCACAAAGCUUGAGAAAACUACAGAGCAUGUUCAUUUAGCUACAGAAACACCAUUGAAGCAUGCACAGACUGUUUCGACUCGUCCAGAAUCAUGCCUAAGCCGUAGAAAUAUAAUGGAAACACCCCAGAUGAAAUCACGUCAAGAGUAUCCACAAAAUAAUAUCGACACACCAGGAAUGAUAUUUUCCCAUUGGUCACGCAACAACUUUUUUCAGACACCUACCAGUAAUCACAAUCCGAAUUUAUCAAAGAAAGAGGAAAUUUUGAACCAUAGUAAUAAUCAACAUAUGAUGCAAGACAUCAUAUUACAACCCCACAGAUUUUGCAGCACGGAAAACAAGCUCCUCAGGAAACCUCUGAGCCAAGCUGUGUAUUUAAAUCAACCUGCAACUACACAUCAAAAUCAACCUACCACUACACAUCAAAAUCAACCUGCCACUACAUAUCAAAAUCAAAGUAAUCAUGUCAAAGCACAUCAGCAUUUUUUGCAACGACCCUCUUAUCUGAAUAACAUGUUCGAAAGCCCGCACCAUGUGCAAAGCAAACUAUCUGUAAAAGAAAACUGCCCAAUGGAUAGUAAACAGAACUCAAACAACAAUGUUGCAAGUAAACAUACACAAUCUUUGCAAGAAAGUAGUAAUCAGCAGAGUAUACCAGUACCUUUGAUGAGUAAUGAGAAAUUUAAGUGGCAAAUGAGUUUAGAAUUCAAAAAUAGCAUUGCAAACAGUGUUUCGUUAGCUGCGCCUCUGGCAUCAUGUAAGGAACAGCUACAUCAUGAAUCUGUUUUAAACAAAAAUGAUAGUUCUGUUCAAAAAUCAAACUGCACUGAAUUUCAAAGUAAUCGAGAUAGUCGUGAAAAAAAGCACACCUUGACACAUAAUUCUGAGGAAGAAUCGAUCUUGAAGCGUGAAAGUAACUCUAAGAUAGAGGUUGAUACCAACAAGCGCUUAUCGUCACCUAAACUUGAUGGUCAGAAAAUUGAUUUACCUGUACUGGCAAAUCAGGAUAAGUCGAGAGUAUCACAAGAUGCUAAACCCAAUCCAGGAAAUGUACAAUUUAGCAUUGCUUCUAAAGUGCACAAUCAAAAAUAUGGAAAACUAAUAAGCGUCAAAGCAAUUGAUUAUCUAGUUUUGGGUAACCUUGGGCAAGGUAUGAGUGGAGAUGUUUUGAGGGUGCAGGAUGUAAAAACUGGUGAGUUACGUGCUAUAAAGUGCGUUGACCUUUCCUGCAUCGAGAAAGAAACAGCUCAGGGUUAUUUAGAAGAAGUUUCUAUGUUGGAUAAACUCAGAGCGCCGUGCAUUAUCCACAUGUUUAAUUACGAAAUUAAAUCGCAUAUGUUGUACGUUGUGAUGGAGAUGGGUGAUACGGAUCUCAACAAAUUAUUGAAGUCGAUGCCACGAGAAAAACAACUUCCACUUACAAUGAUACUUUACUAUUGGACAGAAAUGUUGACUGCUGUGAAGCAUAUUCAUGAUAAUGGUGUAAUACACUCGGAUUUAAAACCAGCCAAUUUUCUACUAGUGAGGGGGCGUUUAAAGUUAAUAGAUUUUGGAAUUGCAUCUACUGUAAACGGAGAUAUGACUUCUGUCGUGAAGAACACAUCGUUCGGGACGCUCAAUUACAUCAGCCCUGAGGCUAUCAUUGACGUCGGAGGAAAUGGAGAUUCGACUAGUGAUGACAAUAAAUAUAAGAUAAACUUCAAAUCUGAUGUAUGGUCGCUGGGUUGUAUUUUGUACAGUUUGGUGUAUGGGCAGACACCUUUUCAGCACAUUCGUGCAGACUGGGCAAAAGUAACGGCAAUAACUAAUCCAACCCAGAAAAUAGCCUUCCCACCUACUGAGAGCAUUAGCAAGCGAGGAUAUGCCUCACCUCCACCGUUCCUAGUUGAAGUAAUGCGACGUUGUCUCCAGCAUGAUCGACAGGCCAGACCUACAGUGACCCAACUCUUACAAAUUCCAUACAUAGGAUGCAAUUGUCCACCUAUCUCCAGUUUACCAAGCAUAUCACCAUCUAUUUUAGCAAAAAUAAAACGAUCCCUCGAAGAAAGUGAAUGGAGGCAAUUGCUAGAGGUUUUGGAAAGACGAAAACCGAUCCAGUGAUUUAAAUUCUGUCUAUAAUAUAGUUGUAUAAUAAUAAAAUCGAUGUAUAUAGCCUUUUCUAAGUAAUAUAAUGUAAUCAUUCGAUGUUUAAGGAAAAAAAUUAAACAAAAACAUAAACUAA